CAUUCUCAAAAAAAAUAACACCUCUACAUUUAUAAGCUUUCGCUCGUCUCUCCAUCGCCUUGCUCACUCCCGAGUAACAACAUUUACACCCUCUCCAUCGUUCGACAUAUUUUUUACUUUGAAACUGUUUCUACUUCCAGGCGCGGAGUGAUAUGCAAACUUUCACAAAAUGAUUGGGCGUCAUAGCAGUUAUGUAUACGCUCAUUAUACAACAGUUAGGAACCAAUCCGAUCGCUGGAUUUAAGCCACCCGUUGCAUAAUAAUAUAUAAUAUAUAUCAAUACAUUUUGAUAUCAUGACGUAACAUAGAAAACAACGUUGGAUAUUUCCGGAUUGAAACCUCAUUCAUUGGUUCGUGUACUCUUGUCAACGCCCCUUUGCAAAUCCCAGUAUCUCGAUAGGACAAUUCUUUCCGACGUCAACGAGGAGCGGUUUGUGAUUGGCUCGGAAGGCCUGGCGGGAUAAGUGGCAUGUUCAAAUAUACGAACCCGAGGUUUCGAUUCUUCGAGUCCAACAAACAACACAUUUCUAGACUCGUUACGGUGGUUUGCUAAAAUUAUGUCGGACGAAGAAAUAAUGAACGUCUCACGUUCCGACCAGAACAUAGCAUGUAUAUCCGACAAACUGGAGAAGUUGAUGUCCACGGAGACCAAUGACAAGAUGGACAUCUACCACAGCUACAUAAAGGAUGGAAAAAAUGCAGCCAGACAGGGGGAUAUGUCUAAAGCACUGGACUUCUUUAAGCGGGCUCACAAAAUUCACCCAAGUGAAAAACUUAAAAGCAGAAUCCAAAAAAUCGAAGAGCUCAUCGCAGAACAGGCCUCGGAGAGUGAGGACGAAGAGUUUGUCAAUAUCGACAACAGCGGUCUUAUGCUUUUCAGAGAGCUCCACGACAAGCUGUACGAGCACCAGAUAAAGGGUGUGUCCUUCAUGUACAGCCUACACAGGGAUGGUCUCAAAGGCGGGAUCCUCGCAGACGACAUGGGCCUGGGAAAGACCAUCCAAGUCAUCGCUUUCCUCUCGGGCAUGUAUGACGCUGAGCUGGUCAAACACACGCUACUUGUCUUGCCCACUUCGCUCAUUACAAACUGGACCAAAGAGUUUGCCAAGUGGACUCCUGGGAUGAGGGUCAAAGAGUUUCAUGGUACAAGCAAAGUGGAACGGACCAGGAACCUUGAGAAGGUUCAGAGGAGAGGUGGUGUGGUUAUCACAACCUACCAAAUGCUGAUUCUAAACUGCCAGCAGAUUGCCUCUUACAAUGGCCAGGAGUUUAAAUGGGAUUACAUGAUCCUGGACGAGGCACACAAAAUUAAGACCUCAUCAACCAAAACAGCUAAAAGUGCCCAUGCCAUACCUGCCCGAAACCGUGUGCUUCUCACAGGAACCCCUGUGCAGAACAACUUGAGGGAGAUGUGGGCUCUGUUUGACUUUGCUUGUCAAGGUGCCUUGUUGGGCACAUCGAAAACAUUCAAAACGGAGUACGAGAACCCAAUAACACGCGCCAGGGAGAAGGAUGCCACACCGGGAGAAAAGACUCUGGGAUUAAAAAUGUCGCAAAACCUAAUUGCUAUCAUUCAACCAUACUUUCUUCGCAGGACAAAAGCUGAUGUGCAGAAAAAGAAUUCCGAAAAGGAAAAGGAGCAACGUUCCAAGACAGAAAAUGGCGAUAUUGAAGUCUCAGAAACGGAAAAGUACAAUGGCACGAUCAUGCCUGAACUGAGGAGGAAGAAUGACCUGAUCAUUUGGACAUACUUGAGUGAUGUCCAGGAGGACAUUUACAGGCAAUUCCUUUCUCUAGACCACAUCAAGGAGCUGCUAACCACCACCAGGUCACCUCUGGCUGAGCUCAAUGUUAUAAAAAAACUCUGUGACCACCCUCGGCUCCUGUCUGCCGCAGCCAUGGCCCAGUUGGGCCUGCACGACUCUACACCCGAGAACCUACAGGCUAAAGAAGAAAAGGGGACAUCCCACAGCCUCGACGGUAUCCCUGACGACAUAUUAAUAGCAGAGUCUGGGAAAAUGGUGUUUCUGAUGGAGCUGCUGGAGAGGCUCAAAAUGGAAGGGCACCGGACACUUGUCUUCGCCCACUUCCGAAAGGUUCUUGAUAUCCUUGAAAGACUCUUGGGAAACAGAGGCUUCAAAACGAUUAGGCUUGAUGGAACGAUAACCAAGCUGGAUGAGAGAGAGCGACUGAUCUCCCUUUUCCAAAACGACAAGCGAUACUCUGUCUUUCUUCUGACCACACAGGUGGGGGGAGUCGGCAUCACCUUGACGGCAGCAAACCGGGUGGUAAUCUAUGACCCCAGCUGGAACCCAGCCACAGACGCCCAGGCCGUGGACCGGGCAUACCGCAUCGGACAGACGGAGAACGUGGUCAUCUAUCGACUGAUCACCUGCGGCACUGUAGAGGAGAAGAUUUACAGACGUCAGGUGUUCAAAGACUCCAUCAUCAGACAGACAACCGGAGACAAGAGGAAUCCCUUCCGCUACUUUAGCAAGCAGGAACUGAAGGAGCUGUUUACCCUGCAAGAGACGCGGUCCUCCUCCACCCAGAUGCAGCUGCAGUCUCUGCAUUCACGUCACAGACGGACCGACCCCGUGCUGGAUGAGCACAUCGCUUACCUUCACUCUAUGGAAAUGUUUGGGAUUUCCGAUCACGACCUCCUGUUCUCCCUGGAUUCCAACCAGAAUGAUGAUGAAGAAGAUCCUGAAGACCAGGAGGCCCAGCAGUACAUUGAGGGGCGGGUUCGGAAGGCUGAGGUGCUAAUGAAGGCAGAGUCUGAGCUGCACAUGCAGCUGGCAGAGAAUAUGGAGUCAAGCACGGAACCUGCGUGGCACCGUCGGCCAACGCAACCAGACAAGGAGAUGUCCAAUGGAAGACGAGUUCCAAACCGUAAACCCAGAUCCCCCAUAGUGUACAUUGAAGAUGGCUCGGAUGGGUCACCAGUUGUUGUUGAACUGGACCAAUCUGGAUCCACCAAGGAGGAAAGUGAACAGAAAAAUACAAAUGGGUUCAUUGAUCUAACAAUUGAUGACGGUAUGGAAGGAAAACAACCAGACCUCUCGUCAGAUACUACUGAACCAAAUGCCUCUCCCAGACAACAUUCCUUCACGGUUGAACAGAGUGAGGUUAAGGCAGAGGACAACUCUGUACACAAUGUGUCAUCAGAUAUGAAGUCUGAUGAUGCUACUUCCGAAUAUAACGCAAGCCUGGAUGGUUCUGUCUCAGGUGAUAUCCAUGACCGUAAACAGCUCGAUCAAGAGUCCUUCUAUGAACUGGACAACUAUAAGAACCAAGCAACUGCUAUGGAUGAAGAGCCCCGACUCGAUGAGCCCCUGCCUGGUCAAAGACCCUCUAUCCUAAAAAUCUCCAAUGUGAGCUUCAACGACGAGGAAGCUUCCAUGAGCGCUUCAGAGGUCAAGACUUUUGAAGAAAAUUUUCAUCUACUGCUAGAUGACAGUGAAAAUGCCAUAUCCACUGUUCACGACCUUCUGGAGGAACCAGAUGUUGAAGCUCAAGAGAUGAAGUUGCUCUCGGAGCUUCAGAUGCAGGGGAGCUUCAAUAUAGACAAGUCCUUGGCAGAAUUUAAACAGGAGCACAGGAUGAGCCUCAACCACUCCUAUGUCUCUGAAUCUGACCAUUCAGGCAAUGAAUCAAUUAUCAAGACCAAGAAGAAACGGGUAGCAGUGUUCUCCGAUAGUGAAGAAGAGGGGGAAAAUGAUGAGGAGCUACGACGGAUGUCCCGCAACUUAACUGACUCUUUCCAAGCAUUGGAAGCAUCCACCCCAAAAACAUUGCCCUCAGGACGCACUCCUCUCCAGGCCAGGAGAAGCUUUGGAGGAAACAUCUCUGUUGCUUCCAGACGAUCUAUGAUUGAAUCCAUAGUGGAGGAUGUGGAGAACGAUUUGGAUUUUGAGGAGGAGCAAUUUUCAGAAAAUAUAUCGGGAGUUGUAGGUGGAGAUUCAGAAGAAACAAGUGUGCAUUCUGUGGACAAACUUGAGAUAGAUGAGACCAAAGGAGAGAUUAUUCUGAUGGAGAGUGAGGAAGAUGAAAAUGACCAAGAGAGCGACGUCAGUGCAUCAUUGGGCGUGUCGCAGUCUGGGGGAGAUGCAAAAUCGAUUUUGGAGGAUUCAACCACGGAUCCACAAUCUGCCUCUGUUCAUAGUGAAAGCAAUGGUUCUGACCAAAUGGCAAGCGGCUCCGACCAGUCAUUUGAUUCUGAGGGAAAGAGUUAUGAGGAACUGGUCUGCAGAGGGAAGCAGUACUACGGUGAAGGGAAGUUACAAGAUGCUCUGGACUUAUUCUUGAAGGCUAUCGACAUCUCCAGUGGUGAUAAUGAAAUUCAGCUAUUGGUUAUCCAGUUGUACCGACAGAUGAGCGAUCAAAGAAGAUCAAGUCUGCCAAGAAAAUUCCCCCGAUAAGCAACAUUUAGACCUGUUUUCUAUAAAAUUUUUCUCUAAUUGUAUCUAAUAAGAGGCCGUCUUGCAUAACAUAUGUUUCAGCUACAUAUUCAAUCUAUGCUAUAUUUAAUUAUAUACAAUAAUGUACAGUUUAACACAGUGCAAAUUCAUUGUUGAAUUGGAUGUUUGCUCUUUUCAUUGGAAUGUUUGACCCUUUGUCAUAUCUAGUCGAUUUAAAUAUUUUAAUGAUAAAUGUUACACAUUCCGGGGUACAGCAGCCAUGUUAAGAGUUUGUUUUAAUUUGUUCUCUUUUUUGCCUGUUCUAAACAAAUUUUAAAUAAAUGCCGUUAACUUUGGAGUAAGAAUGGAUAUUUGCCAAAAAACGACCAACCUAUUCGCCACGAGCUGUAAAUAACGGUAACGACGAGGAAUAUUGAUCCCGAAUGGGGAAUUUGAAGUUUCAAAGAAAAAUAAUCAAUGUAAAAAAAUUAUAAAUAAAUAUGCAGUUAGACAGAGUUUAUAAUUUGGGCAAUUAAAUGGAUUUGUAUUCUUGACAAGAAAAUGAGUUGACCCAUGUUUACUUGACAGUAUGAGGAUUUAUUGAACUUUGAUAGGUUAGGAUAUUGUUUUCAUUCAAGUUUUAAUGAGUUACAUCAGACCCAAAAAAAAAAAGCCAACCAUUACAUCAGAUGGUUGGCUUUACAAUUGUGCGGAAAGGUUAUUUUUCUUCUAACUAAAAAACAUUCUUAUAUUCUUAAAUCCCACUUAAACAUCGAAAUCAAAUUUUUGGGUCUACCGUGUUGUCUACAAGUUACAACUCUGACUCGCACGCUGCUUCAUGCCAGUUAUACCUUGUAUUAAUAUAUUUGGUAAAAUCUAU